CCGCGUCCUACUCCUCGCAGCCGGCCCUAGGAGAGAGCAAGACUGGUGGCGUAGACUACAUCAACAUGCUCAAGUUCUAUUCCGAGACUGGGGUGCUCCUGUAUUCUAUUGUCAUCCCCUACACGCAGCGGCUGUUCGUGGCGACGGGCUGCCAGGUGCACAUCGCGUGGGUGUCGCGACGCAUCGCGUCGCUGCAGCUCAUGUGCCGGCUGCGCAUCCACAGCCAGCUGCGCGGCGGCGAGGCGCAGGUGGCGGCCCUGCCGCUGCCGCCGCGCAUCAAGGCGCUCAUCGCCAACCUCUUUGCUCAAACCAUCCGGUGUUGUGUUCCCGAGUCAUCAGCUCUGCGCGAGUUUGUGUCCCGGCCUCCGGCAGGCAGCGUGCGCCUGCACUGCACGAUGAUCAGGCACGACGACGACACGAACCUCAGCUCUGGAACGUGCUAUACAUUGUACCUGGAAUACCUGGGAGGCCUCGUGCCUCUGCUGAAGGGGAAGAGGACCAGCAAGAUCCGGCCCGAGUUCGUCAUCUUUGACCCUCAGAUUGAC